AUGGUAUCAUUUGCAAUAUUUUAACAUCGUGUAUUUAAAGAUUUUUCAACUUUAAAAUAAUUGUCUUAUAUUUUAUUAUUUGCAAUAUUUAACUAUUUUUAGAUUUGGGAUAUCGUAAUGAUUUUUUUAUAUUUAUUUGUUAAAGAAUUCACUGAUGUAGUAAAAAGAAAGUUUAGUUUUGUUGCAUAUAUGAAGUUCAAGAGUUAUGCUUCAAAAUUUUAAGGUAUAAGUAUUUAAAUAUGA